CGUGUCACCUUGAAGCCAUGUCGACGGCUGAGCAGUUCUCGCUGCUCGGGGACGCUCGCGAUGUGUACAUGACCCCGGCGCCGACCGGCGAGCUGGCCUCGGACGCGGAGUACUUCAGCCCGGCACACUCCCUGCCCCCGGGAGCCGGGCUCUACCCCCUGGCCGAGUCGUAUGGGUUCUCCUUCCGGAACUUCUCCUUCCUGCCAGAUCGGCUGUCUUCAUCGGCGCGCGCCGGGGCCUCGGCGGCUGCCGUGCUGCCGGAGCUCGAAGGAUCGGACCUGUCCUCGCGGGUGGACUGCCUCUUUGGCCUGAGCACCGACAUCGCGGGCGGCAAGUUUGUGCUCCUGCGCGGCUGCACCAGUCGCAUUCUCUUGGAUCUGCUGGCCUGCCGGAAGAAUUCCGGCACCAUCGCCGGGCUGUGUCAGCCGGUGGCCCUGCACCCGGGCCAGGAGAACAGCCACGCCGCCCGGCAACUGUCGCUCUCCUCGACGCCGGAGCAGGAGGCCGACGUGUGGGCCCGGUACCAGCCGCACGUGGGGCACAUCUCCACCGACGCCCACCUGGCCAUCGGGCACUCGCACCAGCGCCUGUCGCAGGUGCUGCUGGCCACGGCGCGUCGGCAUCAUGGCACGCCGGCUGCUGCGCGGGCUGCCGUGGCCCACGUCCUCCGGGCUCUGGGCCUGCAGCACCUGGCGGCCCUGUGUCUGCGGGAUUGCGACGUGGCCGAGGUGGCCGGCACCGGGCUCCCCGGGCAGCGCUUUGUCUCGACCAUCGCCGCGUCGGCCAUCGACCUGCCGGACAUGGAUCACCUGGAGCAGCUGGCCUCCGGGGACAAGUCCCUGCGCCCGGCGCCGCUGCCCCUGCGCCUGGGCCUGCUGGAGCUCAAGCUCCUGUGUUUGGCUCAGGUCAUCCUCCAGCGGGCAGGUGUCAUUUGCAUUGAGCGCUUCGCCGCCGGCCUCUCGCACUCGGACGCAGUCACCUACUCGAUCAUCUUGCGCCGGCUGGCGGCCCAGGGGUACACCAUUGUCUCGGAGCUGGACGACCUCCAGGCGUCGGUUCUCUCGAAUGCCGAUCAGCUCCUGCUCUUCGUGUCAGGGAAGUUGCUCUUCUCCGGGGCCCCGGGGCCCGGAGCCGAGGCGCUGGCCGCCGCCCUGGAGUCCCUCUACCCGGAGCAUGUGCUCGCAUCGCCGGAGACCGCCGCCGCGGCGCGUGGAUCCCUGCUACGCGACGCGGACCUUCUGGUCGAGGGGUUCCUCCCGGCGCUGAUGUCCCCUUCCGAAACCCCCUCGGCCAUUCAGCAGAUGGACCUGUCGAAGGCCCUCCCCGAAAUGGGUGCCCUGGCGGGCGAGGCCCCGGGAGAUGGGGUCUCCCCGUUUGCCGGAGCCGACUCGCUGGCCUGCUUCCGGGCGCCAUACUGGCGCCGGCGCCCGGCCCUGCGCAGCCGCAUCCCCUUCUUGCUGGGGCUGAACAUGCUGGACCAGGUCCAAGCGCGGCUGCACCUGAUCCCCCUGUUCCCCGUGCUCACGGUCUUCCCCCCGGCCAUGGCCUUCUUCCUGUCCAUCUUCUACGACAUGCGGCCGGAUCACUCGGACCAGGCGAGCGCCCGGCUGGCGCAAUUCUUCAUCACCCUCAGCCUUUUCUUGGUGGUGGUGCCGCUGCUGCUGUCGGCCGGCCGGUCGCCCUCCGGCUGGAACCCCGGGCACCGGUUCCUCUCGCGCCGGGUGGCCGUGCGCCAGUCCCGCCUGGGGACCGACUCGGCGUGGCUCUUCACCCUGAGCACCCUGCUGGUGGAUGCCCUGUUUGUUGCCAUGCUGGCCGUCCUCUGGGUGGUUCCGGUCGUCUACUCCCUGCCGCUCUACCACUGGCCCGGCAUCUUCGGACAGUACUGGCUGUCGACGCUCUUCAUGGGCCUCUUCGGUUUGGGUCUGCUGGAUUUCACCAUCGAUCUGUGCCAGAGCCCCGGCGCGGCGGCCCGGCUGUUUACCUUCAUCGCGCUGGUGUUCAUCGUGCCCUUCGGCAAUUUCUUUGUCUACCUGCCGCUGAUGCUUCGCACCUGGGGGUGGAUCUUCUGGAUCAACCCCAUGCACUAUGCCUUUGCUGGCUGCUGCAUCGCCGAGCUGUAUGGCAAUGGCAAAUACGGGCCCCUGCAGUUUGCUCUCCUCCAGCGGCACCACUACAUGAACAAUGGCGGCGGCGUGACGCAUCUGAUUGCCUCGACAGCCACCCUCCUGUGGGGCCUGUUCGCCUGUGUGGUCGUGGUCCGUGUCCUGUCGGCCAUCAGUCUGCGCAUGCGCUCCAAGUAGCCACCGGCCUGCCGACACCCCCGUGCCCGGCCAUGCCCUCCUCCCUCCCCCCCGCUCGCCCUCUGGCCCCCUUUGCCGCAGAAGGGAGGCCCGGCAAGGCGCACUCGGCAGGUCCGCGCCGCCUCCCGACGAUCUCCCCUCCCUGCCCGCAUUUCGGGCCCUCCUGUCUGGUGUAUCUCCCUCCCCUCGUGCCCUGUCCGCCCCUUUUCGCCCCUCUUGUCGGGGGGAAAAAAAAAGAAGAAAAAACACC